AUGGCCGCCGCGUCGCGUCCACUGACAGCUGUCGAUCGAUACAUCGCCACCGCGUCAUACGCGUGAAAAUGAAAACGACGGCCGCUCUGCUUCUCUUUGCGUGUUACUCCCUCGUCGAAAGCGUCCCGAACCACCGACCACUCUUCGACGAAGCUGAGCCACGACGGAAUCUCGAUCUCGAUCUCGAUCGUUGGACCUUGUUGCGCAAGUAUGCAUCUCGCGAUGAUCGCGGCGAGAGUCAACGACGAAACGCCAACGAUGAAGACGAACCGGAGAGCUGGACAGGCCGAUGGAUGCCCGACAGACCGAACGAUCCUACUCCGCCGCCAAAAGUAUUUCCAAAGAUGGACCAGACGUACGAUUUCGAGUCCUCUCAUUCCUUUCACGGUGGAAUACCGAUGGGAUAUUCGUCGAAAAGCUGCGACGACGCCAAGACCAAUUUAACCGUCGAUUGGGAUGGUAAUCCAAUCAGUUACACCUGUUACGACGAAAGAAUCACCCCAAACAGAAGCAGGAUAGCGCUUAAAUACUGCGAGCGCAUCCCGAAACACUACGUCGCAACGCACAAAUGUAUGUACGAGAAAAUUGAAUACGACGACGACGUUCCGCUGUUCGGACCGCACAGGCCACUCUGGCCCAUCUACGGCGAGUACAAAUUUCUACCAAAGCAGAGGUGGCUCCACAGCCUCGAGCACGGAGCGAUCGUCGCGUUGUACCAUCCAUGCGCCAAUCCGAUGGAAGUGAGGCGAUUGAAGAACUUGCUCUCGAGCUGUCUACGACGACACGUGAUCAGUCCUUACAACCUGUUGGACGAACACCGCCCGUUGGUCCUGGUCGCGUGGGGAUGUCGUUUGAGCAUGUCCUACGUGAAUCCCGAACUGGUGAUUGGAUUCAUUCGCGAGCACGCCCUCCGCGGACCGGAAGCAACGGCGAGGGACGGCGACUUCUCCCAAGCUUUGUUACAUCCGGCGGAGAUCGUGUCCGAUUUCGACGACACAAUUCUGUGUCCGAGCGCGCGUACAGUUUUACGCGACUGACGUCGCCGCUCUGUAUUAUACCUACGUGUACAUACCAACGUCUGAACUUUUUCCCAUUAAUUUAUUACUUGGCUACGUUUCCCUUUGCCUUUCCAGUUGUCCUCUCCUUUUCUCGUUUUUUGCUCUCGUUGCUUUGUGACGCCAACGACGUGGACACGCGGCUAAUAAUCAAUAAAGAUUCAAAAUCCAGAGG